AUGCAGGAAUCGAUGGCCACCGAGGUUCUCAACUUGGAAGACGCCCUUUACUUCUUGUCUCUGGAAGAGACCCGCUUAGACCGAGCCGCAGCGCAGCACCGGACGCGUUUGACUAAUCGCCCUCGCAUCGGCUCCGGCACGGGGUUGGGCAUGUUCAUCUACGCGUGCCGACUGUACGACCUGCAAUCAGACCUCUCUUCGACGUCGGCGUCCGGCGACGCGUUUUUUAACUCACUAUUGUCGGCCUUCGCAGCACCUUCUUCGCGCGAGUGGUGGCCUGCCGACAGCGACGUCCGUGGGGUUGCCGAUGGCUUCUGCAAACUACAGCGAGUCUACGAGGUCUCAGUAGCGCGGAUCGUGGCCAUGAUUUCUCGUCGGCUGCCGUCUGUUUCGCCGCAAGACCUCAGCCUAAUCGCAAGAGGCUGCUACGCGAACGCGACGCACGGCAACACAACGGCCUGGUCUGAACAAGCGCUCGCCGCGGGACUGUAUGCACAGGAUAGCCCUCGCAACCUCGAGUUGGGACUCUGGUGGCUUCAGGCCAACGACGCGAGGCGCGUGGCAUUGGAUUCAAAGCACCAGAACCUGUAUCCUGCACCGCCGGACAACGACGUGGACGAAUACAAGUCGGUGUGCCCGGAAAAAGGCGACUUGCGAUCCACUACGGCCGAACUCAGUUGUGUCAUGUGGACUGGCGACGGAGACCCCCGGUUAAUACUGGCGCCGCUCAAGUUGGAAGUACUGUCCCUAACCCCCCGCGUCGUGGUUUUCGCGGACUUCCUCACACCGUCUGAGGUGGGCUACAUUCAGGACGCUGGGCAUACAGGCCUGUCCUUGGAAUCUUCCGAGCCUUACCAGGUGGCCAACUACGGACUCGGCGGACACUACACGCCGCACGACGACGCCAACACCUUCGAGCAGGUCGCGGACGAGUGGGACACGAGGGAUGGCAACCGCCUGGCCACCAUGCUACUCUACCUGACCGACGUCUCGCUAGGGGGCGCCACUGCGUUCGUCCGUUUGCAGCUGGCCGUGAAGCCUCGGCGUGGCUCGGCCCUCUUCUGGUACGACCUGGCACCGUACUCGGGUAACGACGGGCCGAUACAUUUUGACUUCUGGCACCAGAGGAAAGCAGUGGAGGAACUGACGAAUCACGUGGGUUGUCCCGUUCUGUGGGGAACCAAGUGGAUAGCCACGAAGUGGAUUCGCGAGCGCAACAAUGUUGUGGUUCGCUUUGACUACCCUGGAUAA